UUUCGUGCCGCCGGGGCGAGGAGGCGCUCGCUCGCCUGCGGUUGACUCAGCUCUAGGCCGCCAGCACCCUGCCCGGGGUGGGGGGCCACCCGCUGCCACGAGGGUCCCCGUGGGGUGCUGGUGUGUGUGUGUGGGGGGGACAGGACACAAGCCACCGUGACCCCAGACCUGGGCAGGGUGGGGGGGCCGGGUGCCCAGCACCCCUCUGCACGCCAGCAGGCACGGGACGUGGGUGCUUGUUUACACCCCGGUUGCGCCCACCCGCCGGGGUCCCCACGGGGGCCGGGGAACCGCAGCAGCGCCUGGGACAGAUCUAGGUGACUUUUUUGGGUGCUGGCUCUGUUCCGGGGGGGGGGGGGGGGGACGGCGACGACACCCCCCAUCUGCCACCAGUAAACAGGAUACGAGCGGGCUGCGGCGGGGAGGUGGCGGCAGCAUCGUCCCAGCUCCGGUGACAACCGCAUCCCGUGCCAGGCAGCGCUUUCCCAACACCAGCGCCAGGAAGGGCAGCGGUGAGGCAACGCCGGGUAGUGGGGCAAGAGCCCCCGCCGCAGCCCGGGGGCUGUGAUGAGCUGAAGGGUCAGGAUGAUUCUCACCCCAAAGCGGCCCCGAGGUCCUUCUCCAGAUGCUGGUGCACACCCGGCACCCUGAGCCCCCUCUGACUGCAGCCCCCCUGCUUUUUGGCACCCACCGAGGCCAGCGCCCCAGGGUGCCUCCGGGGUGCCCCCCCCCCCCGCCCCACCAUGGCGCUGGAACUGGGGGCCGAGGCGCUGCUGGACCUGAGCUUCCUGACGGAGGAGGAGCGCCACGCCAUCGCCGAGGUGCUGCGCCGCGACUGGCAGCUCCGCCGGCGUGAGGAGGGUCGCAUCAGCAAGCUCCGCAAGUCGGUGUCGGACCCGGCGCGGCUGAGGAUCCUCACCGGGGACUGGUUUUGUGACGCCCGCGCCCAGCGCCACCGGCAUCACCUCGGCUCCGACCUCGUCCGCGCCUCCAUCCGCCGCAGGAGGCGGCCCCGGGGAAUGGGGGACCCGGAGCGUGGCCCCAGUCUGGGUGAGCUGGAGGCCAUCGGUGAGCCGCUGGCGGAGGAGAAGGAGGAUGAGGAUGGUGUGGCUGAGCCGGAGGAGAGCCCCGCUAAGGAGGAGGUACAAGCGGCUGCAGAGCCCCAGCCCAGCCCCGCAGCCCUUGUUCUGGAGGGGACCCCAGUGUCACAGUCCCUGCGGCAGGGUGACAUCCCAGCAAGGGAGCAGGACGUCCCAGCCCAGUCAGGUGACACAGCAGUCGGGAACCCCUUCGGCACAUCCAGCACGGAGGAAGAUGAGGAGGAGCCUGACUCCACUCGCAGUGGCCCCGAUACUGGGCAGGGGCUGGGGACCCCCAAGAUGGAUCAGACGCCCCUGUGCCGGGUGUCCCCGCAGAAUGGCCACGCACCCCUGAACAACCUGCUGACCACCAGCUCCUCUGUGUCCAGCCUCAGCUCCUCCACACUGAGCGGCAGCCUGAUGAGCCUGUACAGCGAGGGUGAGCUGGGCAGCGUGGCCGUGCGGGGCUGCGUCCAGUUCUCCCUCCGCUACGACCCGGCCAAGAAGGAGCUGCAGGUCCACGUGCUGCGGUGCCGCGAGCUGGCCGAGGCCAAGAAGCAGCGGUCGGACCCGUAUAUCAAGACGUACCUGCUGCCGGAUAAGUCCAACCGCAGCAAGCGCAAGACCACGGUGCGGAAGAGGAGCUUGGAUCCCAUCUUCAAUGAGACCCUCAAGUACAAGCUGGAGAAGAGGGACCUGCAGGGCCGGACCCUGAACCUCUCGGUGUGGCACCACGACAGCCUGGGCAGGAACCUUUUCCUGGGGGAGGUGGAGAUCGCGCUGGGCACCUGGGACUGGGCCAACACAGGUCCUGAGUGGUUCAACCUCCAGCCCCGGCUGCCCCUCUCCUCGGAUGGCCUCGCCAGCCGGGGCAACCUCAACUUGGCGUUGAAGUUCAUCCCCGCCGGCUCGGAAGGAGGGGGGCUGCCACCCACGGGCGAGCUGCACAUCUGGGUGAAGGAUGCUCAGAGCCUCAUCCCCCUGCAGAGCGGCACCGUGGAUGCCUUUGUGCAGUGCUACGUGCUGCCAGACGACAGCAAGGCGAGCCGGCAGAAGACGCGGGUGGUGAAGCGGAGCCUCAACCCCCUCUUUAACCACACCAUGGUGUACGACGGCUUCCAGGCCAAGGACCUGGCCGAGGCUUGCGCCGAAUUCACCCUCUGGCACCACGAAGCCUUUUCCAAGCGCCAGCUCGGCGGCAUCCGGCUCAGCCUGGGCACAGGGAGCAGCUACGGGCUGCCGGUGGGCUGGAUGGACUCGACGGCGGAGGAGCGGGAGGUGUGGGGGUGUCUGCUCCAGCAGCCCGGGCAGUGGGUGGAAGCGCUGCUGCCCCUGCGGACCAACCUCGUCCCCCGGGCAUAGCCCCUGGGCCCCCCACCCCCCCCCCCCACGGACCACCCGGUGGCAGCAGGACUAUGGGAUCCCAGGGAGGGGUGGGGACACAGAGCUGAGCCUGGAGCAUCACUGGGUGGGGCUGGGGUUUGUGCCCCCCCAGCCGUUUUGGCAGCAAUGAAGUGGCACCGGAGGGCACA